CAGUCAGUCGCACAUCACUUGCCGCCCAGCAUUCGAGAUGAAGAAGUCAAAAGGCUACACACUGGAGGCCCCCGACGGCGGCUGGGGAAUCCUCGUCUGCAUCGGCAUGGCCCUGCCCUUUACUAGUGCCUUGGCUGCCCUGCCUUCCUUCGGCUUGGUUUUCGGUGACUUCCUGAAGAGCAUCGGGGCGGAGACGAGUGCCAUGGCCAUCAUCACAAGCGCCUUCUUCUCCUCGAUGAGCUUCGCCGGCCUGUUUUCGGGCUCCCUGUUCCAGCGAUUCGGCAUGCGACAGGUGGGCGUCACGGGCGGCAUUCUGUACUUCCUUGGCACCGGACUGCAGCUGUUCGCCACCUCGACGCUCCACCUGCUGCUGGCCUUCAGCCUGAUCCAGGGCUUCGCCUUUGGCCUGAUGGUUCCGACCUGCUAUACGACCUUCAAUCAUUACUUCGUCAAGAACCGGGUGAUGUGGAUGAGCUUUGCCCAGACGCUGAUCGGCCUGGGAGCCAUGUUGUAUCCGAUUUGCAUGCAAAAGCUGAUGCAGUGGUACGGCUUCCGGGGCUGCCUGCUCAUCCUCACCGGUUUGAAUGCCCAUGCGGUGCUCGGUAUGCUGGUGAUGCAUCCGGUUGAGUGGCACAUGCGUCGCGUGCCCAUUAAUGCGGUGGAAGAGGAAGAACUCAAGGAGCUAAAGCCACCGGUGGUGGUGAGGGUGCAGCCCGAAACCCCUUUGAAGGCUCCACGGGAGGAGCCCAGUUUCCAUCAUACCGCUGGUGAUCCCGUCACGCGAAGACUCUCCCACGCCGAGGAGCACAUGCUAAGGAUCCACUCGAGCCGCGCCUCGAGCAUCACCAGUUUGGGCAAUUGGUCCGGACCCGUGGUGGUCAGCGAUGCCUCGCCCCAAAUGAUGCACAGCCUGCAGGCGUCGAGGCGACAAAGUGUGGUUGUUGGUGGAGCAGGUGGUGCGGCGGGUGGAGCAGCUGGAGAAUCGGUGGCCCAGGUGGAGGCUCAGCCCAAGAAGAGCUGGCUGCGCACCAUUGUCGACUUUCUCGAUCUGACGCUCCUGAAGAAGCCCAUCUACGUGAACAUCGUGCUGGGCAUCACCUUCGCCCUCUACUCGGACAUCACUUUCUUCACCAUGCAGCCGGUCUAUCUCUUCGAAUUGGGCUACAGCAGGCCGGAUACUGCCACUAUUAUAGCCAUUGGAGCUGCCGCAGACCUGUCAUCUCGAAUUUUCCUGGCCAUCACGGCCGUGUGCAUCCAAGUUCCCUCACGAUACAUCUAUUUGGCCGGGGCCGUCCUAACGGUUUUCGCUCGAUUCGCUUUCAAUGGGAUCACAGAUUUUAUGGGCAUGGCCUGCAUUACGGCCGUUAUUGGAUUUCUUCGAACGUGGCUUCACGUCCCAUUGCCUCUGGUCUUCGCGGACUACUUGUCCAAGGAAAGGUUCGCCACUGGCUAUGGUUUGUUCAUGUUCACCCAAGGCAAUGCCAUGUUCCUCAUUGGCCCCAUUGUGGGAAUUAUUCGCGACAGGACUCAGGACUAUAUUCUGGUCUUCCAUAUCCUCAACGGCUUCAUGAUCCUGUGCGCCGUUCCCUGGGUCAUUGAAGUGCUUAUCGUUAAGUUCCGAAGGCGCAACAAGAUCGAACGCAACAAUGUUGAUCACGAGGAAGUGGGGAACCAAAACCGCAGUGCAGUUGUCCAUUAACAAACGUUGUAGAAAUGUCAAGAAGUAAUUGAAAUUGUUCAACAAUUACUAAAAGUUAUAAAAAAAAGUGUACUAAUAAGAAUAAAAUAAAUUAGGAAAUUUUGAAUGCACGGAAA